AUCGUCCCCUGUGUCUGUACCCCCAACCCCCCCGUCUCUUCCCCGCUCCCCGAACUCACUGGCUUGUUCGCAUUACCAAACCCUAGCAAACAUAACCACAGAACAACCCCUUGCUACGACUACGAGGGAAGCGGAGCAUAGAGGAGAAAGUAAACCCUAAACAUCAACAACAACAAAAAACCCUAAUUUUAAGCUGAGGGACAUUGAUGCGAUAAAAGUCUAGUAAUGGUGGCCAGAACGACGUGAGAAGGAGAGAUGAGUCGGUUGUCGUUCAGGCCUCGUCCGCUCGACAUUCACAAGAAGCUUCCGAUCGUCAAGAGCGUCAAGGACUUCGAAGAUGACGACGCCCCCACCACCUCCUCCACCCGUAAUUCUCAUCUGUUCCGUCUCGCCUCCGAUGUCGACAACGACGUACAUCAAAUCCCUACCAAGAAAGUGGCUGCUGAGAUACCUACUCCUCAGUACGUCGUUGUGGAUACAUAUGAAAGAGACUAUUCCCGCACUUUUGCUCAACCAACAUCUUAUUUACGUGGAAGAGGAGCUCGAGCUGAGCUUGGAGAGUUUGUGGAGUAUGACCUAGACAAUGAGGAUGAGGAUUGGCUUCAAGACUUCAACAAAGAAAGGAGGAUCCUUACAAAUGAAAAGUUUGAAUUUCUCCUUUUUAAGUUGGAAGUAUUGGAUCACAAGGCUCGAGAAAGAGCAGGAGUUAUUACACCUACCCUUGGUUCCCCAAUUCCUGUACUUCUACAACAAGAUGUUGCUAUUGAGGCUUUACUACAAGCUCAGUCUUUCAGAUAUGCUGUUAUGCAGUCUGUUUAUAACUAUUGGAAAGAGAAGCGUGAAAGAUGGCAAAAGCCUAUUUUACGGCGUUUGCAGCCGCCUCCACCUGUUAAUGACACCAAUCCAUACAAUGUCUUUAGGCCAAGGGAGAAAGCUCACAGACUUCACACAAGAAGGAUGCAAAGGAGGGAAAAUAAUGUACAAUCAUUUGAAAAGCUUCGUCAGGUCAGGCGCAACCUCGACCAAGCCAAGACCAUGUUGGAGGCCUUAAUUAAGAGAGAGGAGAUAAAGAGAGAAGUAAUGGAAACUGAAGUUAGCCUUCAAAGGAUCCAAAUGGAGUAUAAGCAUGAAACUGAACUCCUGGAAGAUAGCUUGGUGCUUCCUGGAUUUGCACCCUUCUCUUGCAAGUUUGGUUCUAGUGAAGAGGAAUAUGUGGAUUCAGAUGACCUUGCAAACAGCCGUCCCCGUACACGGCCUUCUGGAAUACAAAAUCCACCUAUGACAGACUCCAACAUGGUAAUGGUUCCCUCAGCAAGCAUGAAGCAAGAGUUUAGGAGGCGACAUGCACCACAUGGAUGGCUUCAUAAAAUGGAUCCUCUUGAACCAAUUUUGUUGUUCACGAAACCUCUAGUUCCAGAAAAGUUGGCAGCUGCAGGCAUUGAACUGCCAUCUGAUAAGUCGUCAACAAGAAAUAAUGUGCCUGCACCACCUUGUAAAUUUCGUGGAAGAAUUGGCCGAGGUGGCCGAAUAAUUUUUGAUAGAUGGAAUCCAUUGUUGCAAACUCCAAUUGACUGUGGUAACUCUUUUUAUAUACCACCAAAACCCCGGUCUUCGACAUAUAAUUGAUUUGGUUACUUGCCAUUGUCCAAACCUCUAACCGGGACAGGUGCCUGCUGAAAACAUACUACUUUCUAAGUGAUAUUUAUUUGGAUGAUACAAUAGUCGGGGUCCUGAGGAAUUUAUAGAGUUUAUGAACAUUAUGUUAGGCGUAGAAGUAGGGCAUUUGUUGUGGCUGGAUUUACUGUAUUUUUUUGUUUUCCUUUGUUGAUGUUUGCUUUAAAUGUUUUCCUCUGCCCAGUCCUGACCAUCUUCUCUUAUUAAUUAUUUGCAUGAAACCUGGCACAUGUA